AUGGCACUUUCAUCAGACUUUUUCCCAAACAUAACCCAAGCUGCGCUUGUGGAGCCCACCGCUGCUGGCUAUAGGGCUGCAAUAAAGCAGGAGAUUCCACUUGAGGACCUUCCGUUGCGGGUCAAUUUUCGUGGGAAGCCGUAUAAACCUUCAAGUCUAGAAGAGAGUAUUGAGUACCUUAAUAGUCCUGAGUACCAGAAACUUUAUCAAGGGAAGCCUGUUUGGUUUUACCAUAGGCGCAAUUAUAAGGGCCACUUUCCCCCAAAAUAUCCGAGGAAAUCGUGUACUGUAGCGCGUAAACUCAUAACGUCAAACCCCUGUCCCAUCUGCCGAGAUGAAUACCUCGUCAUUGAUCACAGGAAUUUGGCUUUAAUUAAACAGUUUCUUCACCCGCUCUCAGCUGACAUCUUGGAGCCCAAGGUCACAGGUCUGUGUGCAGUCCAGCACAAGGCUCUCCUCUUGGCGAUUGAGAAGGCUCGUGACCUCGGGACAGUACAGAUGCGCUUGCCAUUCCGUCUAUUCGACUACUCCGAGUAUUAUGGGGAUAUCCUAAGUGAGGAGGAGCUGGCAAAACUGGCCAGCCACGUUGUUGCUGGUACAGGCUCGGGCGGUCAAUUAGAGCCCGUGGAUAACAUAUACCGUGAAGCCGCCCGCUCAUUGGCUACUUUACCAGCAGCGAUUUCGAGCCUCCUACACCAAUCAGCGCUCAUUCCGCACGCCGAGGCCGUGACUGCAGAGCCGCCAAGUGCCGAAAUUGAACGGCCCAAGCUACCCAACCGAUACCAGAUGGAGGAGGCCUACCGGAAAUUUAUAGCGCCUGAGCAGAAGAAAAUUGUGAGCAAGAAGAUAGGACUGAAGCAGACUGGCCAGCAGCAGGCAGGCGUAAAAGAAGCCGAGUUGAAUGAUGUCAAGACCUUCCUUCAAAUUGGCACGGGCACCGCUUCCAAGAGAAAGCCCAUGGUGAUCCGAGUGUACAAUCGAAAAAAUCGGGGUGUGAUUGGCGACAAAGUCCUUCUAGCGGUAGCUGGCCAAAAGCAUCGCGGUUGGAUCGUCGGCUGUCGAAUGCCUUCGAAAGACGGCUGGCCCCGUUUCGAGUCGAACAACGUCGUGCUGGUGGACGACGAGGGCAAUCCAAUGGGCACUCGAAUUCUCGUCCCCAUUCCUGCAAAACUCCGCUCGCUGCCUGGAGAUGUAACCAAGAUCUUAUCCAUCGCGACUGCCUUCGUGUAG